GCUCAACGUAUGCUGCACACGAAACGACCUUCUUAUCUCAUUCCACGCGAUUCUUUGAUUGUACAUUGGGGUAUACCAAGUCAAUUUGAUCAGAAAAAAUCCCCCUUCCCAUUCCUUGAAACUGUUAAAUAUCUUAUUCACUCUGACCUCAAUUCUUCAGUUGAAUGAAAUAUAAUCUGCAGCUCAUAUACUUUUAAUCUAUGUUUUUCAACCAGCUAAUUGGCUGUAAUGGAGUUCUUUCACGAGGCAAAAUAUGUGAGACUUCGAAGCCACCAUGACAAAUAUCUUUCUGCUGGAGAUGAAGAAAACACUGUGAAUCAAAAAAGGGAUGGAACAGACAGAAAUUCAAUCUGGCAAGUUGAAUUCAUUGAAGGACUGUCUAAAAUUAGAUUGAAGAGCUGUUAUAAUCGUUAUUUCACAGCAACAGAGACGCCAUUUCUGUUGGGAUGGACAGGAAAGAAGGUUAUACAGACUGUGCCCUCGAGUUUAGAUUCUCGUGUUGAAUGGGAACCAAUCAAAGAUGGGAAUUCUCAUGUUAUGCUUAGAACGAAACAGGGGACUUAUUUGCGUGCAAAUGGGUUUACUAAACCAUGGAAGAACAGAGUAACCCAUGACAUUCCUCGCAGAACAAUUACACAGUAUUGGGUUUUCUGGGAGGUUGAAGUAAUUGAAGAGGACAUGAUCCCUCCAACUCUUUCUAUAACAGAGUCAGGCCCAUCUCCACCAAUAUCACUACCCAGUAGGCUGAGUCUCCCCAGAGAGAGUGGAAGUGGAAGGGGGAGUGGAAGAGUUAUCUAUUAUGCAGUAGGUGAUGAUAAUGGAAACAUAAAAGAUGGGUAUGAGUGGCCUUCUUUCAUCUUUGAGGGAAAUGACAUGUACAGAUUGACCAUAAAGCUGGAGGAGGAAACUGGGCUUCAAGACAUCAUUGUGUGCGCACAUCAUCCAUUCACAGGAAGGUUGUUUCCAUUGGCUUUGGACCUUCCUCCCAGCAAUGUACCUAUGCAUUUGGUGCUGCUUCAACCAUCAUCCAAGGGUAAUGCCUGAUAUUCCAUACAAGACUUGCGAGUUUGCAAUUUUGAGUCUUUUUUGUAUUCAUGGAUUCUUCUUUUGUUGCAUGGAUUUGAUCUUGCUUAAUGUGCACCUCUACACUUUUAUGUUUUGGUUCAAUUCAAUUUGCUUUACCUCUACUCUUCUUUGAAGACUAUUAGUAUUAGAAAUACCUUUAGAGGAUUGGUCAACAAUAUAUUGUUAGGGGACAUGUUCUCCUAGGUCAACCCUCAAAAUCUUAUGUAAAAUGAUCAAAGACUACAAGUCUUAGCCAUGUAAAUACUUCUAGGAUGAAUAUACAAAUAUA